ACAGCCGCUCCUCUUCUGGGCGACCUUUUGCAGAAACUAUAAGGCUUGAAUGAUGCUCAAUCAACUUCACCCUAGGGAUUUCUUUUACCUUUUCUACCUAGGACACUCUGGACAACGCCCCCCUGUCGCACUUCGUUGAAACCCGGUCAAAUCGAAGUUUAUUUGCCGUCGCAGUCAAAAUACGCCUAGAUACACGUCACCCAGACUCCCAUGCCAACAGUUUCAGGAUCAGCGAGCCCUUCCAGCGGGCCGGGGUCCCAGCGCGCGUCGCGUAUCCGAGGCCAUCUUCCCGUUGACCUGAGCCACCGCCGGACUCGAUCUCUGGACCAAAGCCCCAACGUUUCUGCCGAUUCACCAUCAGGCCUCAGCGGAAGAGAUAUCUCCCAUCUGCCUCGAGCCGUCAGAGAACUACAAGACUUUAAUGCGCCACCGAGAUCCAGCUCGAGCGAUUCGAGAUCGUCGUCAAGGAGUCGGGGCACUCCACGGUCGAAACCGCCUACGAGACACCGCCUAAGCAAGAUAGAAAGAGAGCUUCUACCCUACAAUGCGGAGCCAAUUAAGGAUUCAGAGGAGAGAGCAACCUCUUCGACUUCGCAACUAGACAUUGAAGACAGCCGUAUGUGGUUAACACGAUCAGCCGAAAGGAACCUUUCUAACAUCGCCCAAGGUCGCGACAUUGAACGCCGAAAAUCCCUCAACGUAAAGAAAUUGAUGCGAGAACAGAUACUACCGAAAAGCAGAAUUCAACGGGAUCCCAAUGCGUCCGCUGCUCCUGGCGUGCCGUUGACGCAUGCGCUCGACAUGGCCUCUGACUCCGAAGACCUGGCUUCCGGACCUGGUAAUGGAUCCUGGAUAGAUGACGAGGAAGGAACCGGCAUCGUCGACGAUAUGAAAUCUCCCUUUGUCACAUCCGUCAAGGAACGUGCAUCAUCAGACCAUCUGAAGGUGUCCAUGGACGAAGAUCAUAUCCAAGGAUCCGGACUUUCCGGGCUUCAAAAGAAGAAGAAGCUUGUGCGAGCCGAAACAGAAAAGGCAGAAUUGCUUUACGAAGAGUGGUUGGAAAAGAAAGAACGUAUUAAUGAGAUUCUUUACGCGCCCUCAUACCAAUCUUCCACUGCGCCAUCCGACUACGAGCAAGCGUCUCUCGAGAACAUUCCCGAAGGAAUUGAUAUUACGAUGGAAGAGGGUCUCUAUGUGUUUCAUCCAACUCUGAAAAAGUAUCAAGAUUUCCCAACACUUUUAUCCGAGAUUGAAGAGAUUGCAGGAAGAGAAAUGGGUGUAGUAAAAGUGGUUGUGCCCAAAGAAAGCAGCUAUCCUGGUUCUGCCGGGGCAACAUCCUCGGUCCGAUCAACAACGUCUCUUUCAAAGACAGUCGAUAGUCUUGUGGAUGGCAUUCUUUCUUCGGCAGACGCACAGGGUCAGAAACUCAACCCAUUUAAGCUUGAUAUGACUAUCCAUCCGAAUACCCGAUAUAAGGAGCAAUCGGUUUAUAAAGUCAGCAGCUGCCCGAUCCCUGACGUGCCAGCAAAACAGUGGCGUGAAGACAUUGAAAAACACCGCCAAGUUCUGAAGGACAAGCAUUGUCUCAAUGUCGAUAGCGCAAGCGACGCUUGGUCUAGAACGAAUUACACCGGGCCUUCAGAAGGGGAGAUGAUUGAGAGCUUUGGUGAUCCUCAGGAAGAUUCCGUGUACGCAAUGGACAAUGACGCAACAUCGGAUUUACGCUCAGCUCUCGGAUGCAUUGACCCAAAGCUUGCCGAAGUCGCGGGAAACAGCCUCAUGAAGUCAAGGUCUAGAGUUUCCGGCAUACAUUCUCCUUAUUUCUAUGUGUCGAAUCGAAAUGGCACACCGUUUGGAAUGCACGUUGAGGAUUUUGCCGCGUACUCGCUCAACUAUCACCAUGUCGGCGCCCCUAAGAAGUGGUAUGUCGUCCGUCCUCGAGAGCAUCAGUGGCUUGAGGAGUUUAUACACAAUUUCCUCAACCCGGAGGAGAGAUUGUUGGGCAGCGAACAUUUGCGGAAACCAAGACGGCCGCCUCAGUGUGGUCAAUUUCUUCGGCACAAUUCGCUAUAUCUUCCCGAGGAGACACUUCGAACCAUUGGGGUAUGCUACACUCGAGUUGUGCAACACCAAGGCGAGAUGGUCAUCACCUUUCCGUUUGCAUAUCAUCAGGGCUAUAAUACAGGACCGAACAUUGCAGAGGCCAUUGGAUACGCCAGCGAGCGCUGGGAGAUUUUUAUUCGAGAGGGAUUAUACCAGAAUUGUCGGCGGUCAAAUUGCAAGAUCGACCCUAUACAGAUGGAUUUUAGUUUUAUCAAGCACAUUUCUGGGCGGGGCCUGGAAUCGAAAAUGACGAGAAGACCAUACAAGUCGGAAAAGUCGUUAGGAGCUGCGGAUGGCGGUCGUCGAGGCUGGGCUACACAACGCAAUGUCCGGCGGUCGCACCACCAGAAGAAUGAUUCUCAAUCACUGUUUGUCGGUCAAGACUCUUCUUCCUCUUCUGACGAAGCCGAAGAUAUGGUCGAGCAUCGGAUAAGUGAAAAUGUCUCGAAUAAUCCAGACGUGCACUCCUCUGGUGUCAUGCAGACGCCUGAGCAGCUUGCGGCGGCAAAGCGCAAGAAGGCAUCGCCGCCUGGUACGCCGCCACAGCAUAUCCGACAUCGAGUGACGCCUCCAGCUGGAGACAAUGGCGACGAGACAGAAGAAGAAGUCGAUGGGUCCGGCGGCACAUCUGAACAACAACAACAAGAGCCAACGAGACUUGCUAACGCGCUUACUGGCAAAAUGGAUGCAAAUGGACUAUUGUCUCAUCGCGCCCCCUAUCACAGUCAUACUUCUUCGUCUUCUUUUCUUGGCCACCCCGACCAGGCUCAUAGUUCUCAAUCGACACUUUUGUCUCUUGGUCGCUCUAAUGAGAAUUAUCGCCCGCUUACCAACCAACGAGUCACUGGAGAUGGCGAAGGUUACGCGCAAAAGCAGCUUCUGCAGGCUUCUUCUUCCUCUUCUUCUCACCCUCGCAAUGACUCGAAUGCAACGUCUAGUGCAGUCAAUAUGACGCCAAGCCCUCACGUGUAUAGAAAUUAA